UAAUGGAUGAAUAUGAUGAGGAAUAAUUUGAGCAUUCAGAAUGUUUAGAUGAAAAUAAUGAAUUUAUGAACUUUGAAUAGGAGUAGUAAGGAGUAGGAGAAGGGGAAUUGGAGUAAUGUGAGAUAUGUUCCAGAAAAUUUCAUACAGAGAGAAUUGGAAAACAUAGGUAAGUGUGUGAGAAUGCUUAAUAAAAAUAAAAGGAAAGAGAUAAGUUAAUAAAACGUAAAUAAUAAAAGAAAGCUGAACUUUAAUAGAUGUUGGAUACUAGGGAGAAACAAGUGAAAAAUAAAACAGUUAAUAAUUGGAGAGAAUAACAUAAGUAAUUUUAAGAGAUGAUUCAUUGCAAUAAAAAAGAUAAAGAGGUAGUACAUUGAAUGAAUAAAUGAGGUUCAAAAUGAAGGUGGUGAGGAGAGAACCGUAAAGACUCCAGAAUUAGCAGAGAAUUCACAAUAUGUGUUUUGUGAAUAUUGUUAACGUAGUUUUGAUAGAUGUAAUAAUUCAAAGAAAUUAUUCAAAAGAUGUUGCUGAAAGACAUAUUCCAAAGUGUAAAGAAAUCAAAGCUAAACCAAAACCACCUAAAAAAAAAUAACAAUAAGAAAUGAAAAGAACGACUUAGUUAAGUACAGCAUCAACGACAAAUUAAAAUGAAAAUAUUGAUCAAACUAAGCAAUCAUUUCGUGCUUAAAGUUUAAUGAAAACAGCAGAAGUUUAAAAAAGAUAACUUCCAGAAUUAAAGAAAGCUAUUUAUACAGGAUUUGGUAAUUGAUAGAAUGAAUAUGUUAGGAUUUAUGGAUUGUUAAACAAGAGCAACUGCUUUAUCAGAUACUGAAUGUCCACAUUGUUUACGUAAAUUUAAUCCAAAAGCUGCACUUCGUCAUGUUCCUAUUUGUGAGAAAUUGAUGAGUAAAGAAUAAUUUAGUAAAAAUUUUAUAAUAUCAAACCUUAAGAAUUGAAAUUAAAAAAUAAGGCUAAUUUACCUAAACCAAAAAAAUUAGAACCUGUUUUACCUGUCAUUAUUGGUUAAUAACCAUAAAUGAAAAAGAUACUUAAGGAGACUGAUAUUCAAUUGAAAACCUAAUUAAAAUUUUGUACAUAAUGUGGUAACAAGAUGUAAUUGGGACAUAAAUAUUGUGGAGGAUGUGGCCAUAAAAGAGAAAUUGAAUAAUGAAUAUAUUUUUAUAUAUAUAAUGUAGGUCUCAUUUAUUAUGGCUAAUAUAAUUGAGAAUAAGAUAGUAUAAAAAUAAUUUAAUAAAAAGUAAAGGGGGUCCAUUGUAUUUAAUUCCGAGAACAUUGUUUUUGGGAUUCAAAAUGAUCGAAUAAUCCUAUUUUUUUCUAAUACAUUAAUUAGAAAAACAAAUGCAAUAUCUAUACAACUAUCCUUAAUUCAUAGAUGAUUUAGGAUAGAUCAGUUACGAGCUGAAAAACGAGUUAAUAAAAUUCUUAGGGAAUUAAUCUGUAUUAAAUUUAGUGUUACAAUAGUAGUAAUAACUUUUGAAGAAAAUGAUUGUUCUUAAUAAUUUUCUCAUUUCAAAUGAAACCUAAUCAACUAUUUAAGAAUCUAAAUUGGACAGUGUGGUUGUAAUAUCUCAAGGUGAGGAAAAAUUAAUUGAAAAAAAUUAUAUUCGCAAAGAAUGUUUAUAAAGGUAUAGAGCAAAAAAGAAAAUGUGGAUGAAUAGAACUCUUUAUGAAUGUAGAAAAUAAAUAGCUGAUAGACGCUUACGUUUUAAUGGUUAAUUUUUGAAUUGUGAAGAACAGAAAAAAAUAAUAAAAAUUCAUUAAAUAUUAGGGAACCAUUAUAUAAGGAUUAAAAAUAAUAACAUAAAAAUAAAUGCCAUAAAAAAAAUAAAACAUUUAGAUAAGGAAUAAAUAUUGAAGAAAAUCGAUAAGUUAAUGCCUUACCAAAUUAAAAAAAGAAUACAAAAUAAAUAAAUACUUUUUAAAUUACUCUGA